UUACAAACAUUACACAGACAGCUGGUUGGAAGCGGGAUUUUAAAGGAUUAUAAUGUUCUGACAUGCCUUGCACAAGUAUUCAUAUACUUCUGGCAUCUGGACAGCCUCUGCUGUGAGCUAUCCAUUGUAGCUCUGGAUGUAUGCUUAUCAGCAUUAACACUGACACACUUCCCUCUUUGCCCUGAAGUAAAUCAUUUUCACUUCAUAAUGCUGCCAUUAAUGUGGUUCUCCUUCAACUUCAGGUUUUGGUCUCACAUGACCAGCAUCUUGAAUGUUUUAUUUUUAUUUUUUUACAGUAUACAACAUGCCAUUAUAUUGGUAGAUUUUACUACAUGAGCCUGUAAGUGGAGUCUAUCAGUACUCUCCAUGUCUGUCCUGUCAGUUUGGAUGGACGGGCCUCGGUUUGCAUUUACACCUCCUUCUGUUUUCUCUCAAUUUAAUGAAGUAAUUUGUUCAUUUAUGCUCUCUAAGAAGGGCUUCACAAAACAGCUAUUUAUGUAGAUGUGAAAUUGUAUACAAGUGGAUUGCAUUUGCUACAUUUCUUCAGGCAGUUGGUUUUGCUGGAUUUUACUUAGGGUUAUCAGGAUAAUGUAAUAAGAAAUGGAAACGUGUAACGUAUGCAGUAUUAUUGUACUUUCUCUUCACAAUAAUGUGCUACUUUGAUUUGGAACAUACAUUCUUUCAAGUUUGCUGUUACAGCAUGAGAAGAGUGAAUGCUUUUGAAAGACGGUUGCAGUUGCUGUUGAAGAUGUCACCGCCGUUGCCCUGCUAGGCGCUGUCCGAUGACUGUGGUGCUGAAACUCAAAGCGACACAUCUGACGGUGCGUCUUACUGUUAGAGCAGGUGCCCAAUUUUAAUUACACGGUUUAAUAGGGCGCAUCGAUCACAUGACGCUCGUUGUGACACCAACCAGAUGACAACGGAUCAGAAAAUCAAUAUGAACAGCUCUUUAUUUUGUCUCUCUCUCUCUCUCUCUCUCUGUCUCUCUCUCUCUCUUUUUUUUUUCUCUGUCUUUUUUUGUUUUCACGGUUAGAUUUAGCAUCUCUGUUCUCACGUUUUGCUCCAGGGGGACUGUAACACCAGUCUGUAAACCAGAUGGAGCUGAACUGAAACCAGGUCAAAUUCACACUUAGAGAAAAACAAGAAAAUGAAAAAAGAAAACGCACAUGAGAAAAACAAAACAAAACAAGGUUUUUAACUGAUUUGAUGCCGAGUACGUGUUAAUUAUUAACAUAAACAACCUAUGUGGUCAAAUGAAGCUGUGCAAUAUGGGAGAACAUGGCGGACAAUGUCCAUGGACAAAGCGGCUCUGCUUUUGCUCAGUCUAACGAAGAAUACGAGUGCAAAAUCUGCUACAACCACUACGACUUGGACCGCCGCAUGCCUAAAGAGCUGAGCUGCUCCCACACCUUCUGUCAGGAGUGCCUCGAAACUCUACACUCACGAGAGGGACGAGGAUGGAGGAUCGGCUGUCCCGUGUGUCGCCAUCGGACUCCGGUUCGGGAAUAUCAGGUUCAAAACCUCCCGAACAACAGGGCGCUGUUCGAGGCUCUACCGCUUAGAGAGAAUCAGCGUCAGAGCACAUCAAACACGGAAGAAGAACAACAGGCAGGUUCGUCCGGAUCUUUUGCCACCGAGGGACGCUGUGAGACCUGCAAGAACGUAGCCUUUACCACGGGCUGUGUGUGCGCCAUCUUCUCCUUCCUCUCCAUGGUGGUGCUUUUAUUUCUGGGCCUCAUUUUCGUGCACAACUUCAACCAUAUAGCGUCGCCUGUCGGCCCAGUUUGUCUGUUCGUCGCCAGCGUUCUGGCUCUGCUCUCUAUAAUAUUCACUUGGUUGAUGUGCGUGCUGAAGUAUGGAGCAGAAACAGAAGCGAACACCCUUAGUUCCCUCACCUCUAAUGUAAUGUGAUCCUCAGAGUUUGAACUGGACUUUUGAAAUGGGAUAUGUAGAGGUGUGAAAUUCAAGGGCUUUGUGCGCCUCCAUAGUGAAUUUUGAAAACAAUUUGGAUUGUCAAUAAAUGGCUGUGUGCUUUAUAAAAAUUGACUAAUUGCGUCGGGAAUUGUUGUGGCUCAUUUGUUUGAUUGUCCUUUACUGUGGUGAGGAGCGCCACAUAGCCAAUUCAUACCUUAUUUUCAAACCUCGUGUUGCCCUUUAAGUCCUUCUUAUUUUCAGUAUCUUCUAACAGUCCAUUUCAUGCC